CGCUACGUAUAGAAUCGGACCUCCACCGGCGUUUCCUCCCGAUUUCGUCGUCGCCAAGGAAGUCCGAUUCCAGAUCGAGAAUUCGAGAUCUGUAACGGAGUGGAAGCAGCUGAUCGCCGUCGUCGAUACCAAUCCGUCAUCAUGAUUAGCGGAGGCCUUCUCAAGAUCUACCCCUCGGAGCUGAAAUUGCCUUUCGAGAUGAAAAAACAAAGCUCUUGUAGUAUGCAGCUGACCAACAAAACAGAUCAUUAUGUUGCUUAUAAGGUUAAAACAACUAGCCCCAAAAAAUACAGUGUGCGACCAAACAUGGGAAUUGUCCAGCCGAGAUCAUCAGUUAGCAUAACAGUGACAAUGCAAGCUCAGAAGGAGGCUCCACCUGAUUUGCAGAGCAAAGACAAGUUCCUAAUCCAAAGUGUUGCAGCAGAUGAAGGAACCACAACCAAGGACAUAACCACUGAAAUGUUCAAUAAAGUACCCGGUAAAGUUGUCGAGGAGUUUAAGCUACGCGUCAUUUAUAUACCUGCUAAUCCUCCCUCACCAGUUCCAGAGGAAUCAGAGGAAGGAGGUUCCCCACAUUCUUUCAUGUUAGACAAUGAAGUUCAGAGUUCAACAUUACUCGAUGCUGCAUCAAGAUCAUUGGAAGAACCUUCUAGAGAACAUGAGGUGGAAUCAUUAGCUCAAAAGCUGACUGAGGAGAAGAAGUAUGCACUUCAACAAAAUCAGAAAUUACAACAAGAGUUGGAACUGAUUAGAAAACAGCAAAGCCGCGGUGGUGGUUUCUCUGUUUCAUUUGUUGCGGUCGUGGCUUUCUUGGGCAUCAUCAUAGGCUAUCUCAUCAAAAACACAUAAAAGCAGGAGUUUCUCUUAAACCAGAGUUCAGUGCUUGCCAUGAGCGCAUCUAGCAGAUUCUUCUUUUCCCUUAAUGAUGAGGAUUGUGCUUAUUUUUUGAAACAAUGAAAAGGAUCGGUUUGUGCGAGUUCAUUCUUUAUAGUCAAACAAAAUAAUCCUUUGUUGGAGUCUGAUUUGGGGAUUUAAUUAUCUUGUAUUCUUAAAAACAUCUUCAUGGUUUGCAUUUAUAAAACAGAAUGUUUCCCUUUUA